AUGAUGGGCAUAUCUAUCUAUACUUAUGUUCUCGCCUUUUCUGUUUUGGGUAUGGUGUAUUACGGUCUUGAUCAUGACGCUGUUUUCCUUACCAAUGGAAUGGCGGACGAGGAACCUGUCGAUCCAAAGAAGUAUCUUGAGGAAGCUUGCAAGCCUAAAUGUGUGAAGCCUCUGCUUGAAUAUCAGGCAUGUGUUAAGAGAAUUCAAGGCGACGAGUCUGACCACAAACAUUGUACAGGGCAGUACUUUGAUUACUGGUCCUGUGUUGAUAAAUGCGUUGCACCAAAGCUGUUUUCAAAACUGAAGGCGGACGAGGAACUUGUUGAUCAAAAGAAGUAUCUUGAGGACUCUUGCAAGCCGAAGUGUGUGAAGCCUCUACUUGAAUAUGAGGCAUGUGUUAAGAGAGUUGAAGGAGAUGACAGUGGCCACAAACAUUGUACUGGGCAGUACUUUGACUACUGGUUCUGUGUUGAUAAGUGUGUUGCACCAAAGCUACUCUCUAAACUGAAAAACCGGCGUCCGUUCUUAUUCAUGCGAUUUACUACUUGCAUUGGAUUCGCAAUGGAGAGUGGAGACCCGUUUAAGUUUUGGGUAUCUGUUCGUACUCCACUAUCCAUUCCUGAAAGGGGAUUUAUUAAGAUUGGCCGGAUUUCUGCUAUCUACAAAAAGCUACCUGUUGAUUAUGCUAGGAGAGUUCACAAUAUUGUUGGUACCAAUCCUGAGGAGCAGCGAAGAUGGUAUGGCAGGUAUUUUGAAAAUUAUCAUGAACUUGUUAGCCACAUUUCAAGACUGUCAACGCUGCUGUUAGAGCUAAUCAUAGGGUAA